CUCCUCAAAGCGGACGAUCAUCAAUGGGGAACUUCACACCCUAUCGCCAAGGGCGGCUUCCCGGAGCACCUCACGCGAGGUUCGAUGCUACUUGAUGAUCGUACAUCAAUGGACUUCGAUGAGCAAUGAAAAACGCGAGCAUGUCCGCUUCCGGUCGGGAUCGCGUCGUAUAUCUCGCGGCUGCACUUCUCAUAAUCUUCGUCGCUGGCCUUCUCGUUCGUAGGAUAUUUCUGCCAAACCCCGAAGUCGAUGUCACAUACUCAGACUCGCAACGCCCGGACGGCGGCAACUUUGAGCAUGUCCCUGCCAUUGCCACACACUCGAUAGCAGCGGAGACUACUACUGCUGCUGCUACUACAAGUUCCUACAAACCGGCUCCAACGACAACCUCCGAACAUGAUGCUCCCCUCUCGCAUGAGGGUUCGCAGCCGGAUGGCACAAACCACGUCGAGGUGUUCUCGAAAAUGACUCACGAUGGGAAAUGGUUCCCCAUCGACUUUGGCGACUAUGGAUCGUACAACCCCAACCUCAUCCCACAUCCCGAAGACAACGAGACUUGGUACAUGAUUGCGCAAGGACUCCAGCCUGAAUUAGGCGCGGCUGGACCACGACCGGUUUACUCGAUAGAGCUCGUCUGCGAGGCGGAAUAUGUCGACAAGAAGAUGAAAUGCAAGCGAUCGCCCAUCAGCGUCCCAAUUGCUUCCACUGCAAGUGACCAUUGUACGGACUCACUCAGCUGGUUCAACUACUUCAUCGGUCCGAAUGACCCGCGCGUCUUUUUCGGACCAGAUCGGCCAUAUAUCACAUAUGGAUCAGCCUCGGCGUACACAUGUCUGGGACAGUGGAUUCACGAUCUGAGGAGACUUGUCCGUUGGAACACCAUCGACGCACUCGAUCGCACGCAACGUUUCUUCUGGCCGACCGAGCUACAGCGCCCGCCUCCCUACGGCGGCAUUGAGAAGAACUGGUUUGCAUUCUGGGAUCACCACGGCGACAUGUACCUUCAUUACGAUAUCUUACCUCGGCGUUCAUUCGCGAAGGUCAGCGAUGAUGGAUCCGAGAUCAGCGCCGACCUCGCAUCGUAUACUGCUGCUCAUGAUGACACGUGCCUCAAGCAGUACAUGCCCAAGUUGCAAGAACAUGAGCAUAUCCACCAGGCGACGAAUUCGCUCGCCAUAGUCAUGUGCCAGCGAUCAUCAUCGGACUGCGACGUGGCCGCAAAUACCUACAUCUUCACGAUCUUCCAUCACAAAACCUACCACGGAGGCCACAACCUCUACGAGCCGUACCUCAUGAUCUUCAAGAAUGUGGCUCCCUUCGAACUUCAUGCCCUCUCUUCGAAACCAUUCUGGAUCUCCGGUCGUGGCAGAGCCGGCGAGAAUUGGUCCAGUGAUCCCGCGACCUCGGCGGAUCAGUCCCAGAUGAUGUACAUCACCUCCGUCAACUGGAAGGAACGGGGGCUGAAUUACACCGGGUAUUUGGAUGAUGAGUUGAUGAUUGCUUUUGGAAUUGAGGAUAAGGCUGCUGGUGGCAUCGACGUGACCGCUGAGCAGCUUUUCAAGGCAUUGCAUCUAUGUGAUUAGACUGAUGGUCAGAGGGACUAUGGGGCUAUGGGUUGUAUAAAUUUGCCAGAAAGGGUGUCGGUUUUACGCAUUAUGUAUAAAAAUUUAUCAUCGGUCUGAGCGCGAGUCUUGGAGAGUGUGCGAGGUUGUUGUCAAGGAUUCUCUGUUGUGCCCUCGCCUCUAGAUUUCAAAUUGCAAACUGCAUGUCUCACUC